AUGCCCUGUUGCUUUCAGAGACGGAGUGCGUUGGUGGUGUUGGGCUUGCUGGUUGGUUCUGCGUACAGCAGCUGCCUCGGCGGAGGCUGUGGUGGAGGAUCCUCUGGUGGCAUCAGCCGUUCCUACGGAGGACCCACUAAUAGCUUCGGAGGAGGGGGCGGUGGGUCCUUUGGGAGAGGUGGAUCCUUCGGAGGAGGAUCUUUCGGAGGUGGUGGCGGAUCCUUCGGUGGCGGGUCCUCUGGAGGAGUAAGUACAAGUUACAGCGGACCAAGGACCAGCUUCGGAGGAGGUGGCCGUGGAUCUGUCGGAGGGGGCAGAGGAUCCUUCGGCAGAGGGUCUUCCGGCAGAGGAUCCUUCGGAGGAGGUGGCGGUCGCUUCGGUGGCGGAUCUUCUGGCGGAAGGGGCAGUGGCUUCGGCGGUGUAGGAGGAUCCUUUGGCGGGGGAGUGAGCAACACUUACAGUGGCCCAAGCAAUAACUUCGGAGGCUCUGGCGGAGGCGGUGGAGGAGGGUUUGGAGGAGGAUCCUUUGGUGGCGGAGGCGGCGGGUCUUUCGGAGGUUCAGGCGGCGGUGUGUCUGGCAGUUACCUGCCGCCCUCCGGGAAAUAA